AUGUCGAAGAAGUCAUCUAGCCCUGCUGGUAGCGCCCUCGAAACGCCAACACCAGGGAUGGUUGGAGAAACUGGAGGAGAUUUCGUCGCAGAAACCGCGACGAAAAAGGCAGGUCCACCCGUUGUCAUCGUUUCCCCUCCUAGCACCGAAGGCCAGUAUCUAACGCUGUCAAUGUCGGAAAUACCGGUACUGCGAUCAGAGUCAGGCGCAAUCCAAUCCGCGGCGCUCGAAAAAACCGGGAUUACCAGUGUCAGUUGUGUGAAGAGCGUGAUAAUGAAGAAAUGGUGCAGUGUGAUGGUUGCAAUCGGUGGUUCCACUUCGUCUGUGUGGAAGUUUCGGAAGAAAUUGCCAAUUUUCACCAAUACUAUGACCGCACAACAGCAAGUAAAUCCACUCCCGAAGAAACCUACAUCGCUACGGUCAAAGAGCAAGGUCAGCUCCAGCACAAGUGGAUCGAGAAGGAUGAAGGAACUCGAGUUGAAGAAACUCGAGGAGGAGUUCGAGUUGGAAAGGCGAUUCCUCGAACGGAAGUACCACCUACUGACGGCUUAUGGAAGCGAGACAUCUACGGAGGCUGAUGACGUCGAAGACAACAUGUCCAAGAUCGAGCAGUGGUUAGUCGAAACCGAACUCCACGGUGAAGAUUCCGGAUUAGCAGUAGAGGAGGCAGAUGGGCAAACACCGAACACAUCGGAGAGACCCGAGGAGCACCGAGCUCCGGAUGUCGUCCAGCGUCAGCGAAAUCCAUCAAUUCUUCGCAAUGUUCAGCUCGGUCAGCCCCACCAGAGUGGUCUGUCACAGUCUCGUCGUCAAGAGAUUCGGGAACCAGUAGCUGGUGCAAGAUCUUCCUACGUUCCGGAAUUAAAUCCAAGCACACGAAGUGACGACCCGCGCCAUGACUUGUACUACCGCCAACAGAUGCAGCCACAGAGCCAUGCCAGACCAUCUUUCGUCCCUUCGAUGAAUUUGGGUACCCUGGAGGAAGCCAACCAGUUCGUUCCUGGCCAGCGCUCGACACCGAUUCGAUCAGGCAAUCCGAAACCAGGCACACCAGUUACAAUUCCAGAGGAGCCGGUCUGUAUUCUAAAUCGGAGCCAAAUUGCAGCUCGACAGGCGGUGUCUAAGGAUCUACCUGAAUUCAGUGGAACGUUGGAAGAAUGGCCUCUAUUCUACUCCGUGUUCACGUCGUCCACGCAGAUGUGUGGAUUCACAAAUGAGGAGAACAUGCUGAGACUACGGAAGUGUUUGAAAGGAAAAGCGCUGGAGGCAGUGAGGUGCGAGCUACUUUUUCCUUCGAACGUAGCAGACGUAUUGGGAACGCUAAAGAUGCUCUGCGGGCGUCCAGAAGCGAUAGUACAGUCGAUCGUCAAGAAGAUCAGGAACCUGCCUCCACCAAACACGGAAAAGCUUGAGACAGUGGUGAAUUUUGCGUUAACGGUGAAGAAUAUGGUCGCAACAAUCAGAGCAUGUGAGGUCGACGACUUUAUCUUCAAUGCAUCUCUCCGAUACGAGCUAGUAGAGCGGCUGCCGUCAUCUUUAAAGCUAGACUGGGCGAGGUAUGCUCGUAACAACCCGAACCCGAAUCUCGCCACGUUCAGUGCUUGGUUGUAUGCAGUAGCGGAAGAUGCAAGUGCUGUUAUGGUGGAUACAGGACGCGAUCAACAAAGGCGGAGUACCAAGAAGGACGGGUUCCUGAACUUCCACUCCGAGCCAGAAACGAGUGCCGCAAAACCAAUCGAAACUGGGCGACGGUGCAAGCAGCAGAAAAAGUGCGGUACUAACGGAUGUACAUUCCUGCAUCAUCCUCUGCUCCACAAUCUGGAAAAGCACCACGAGCCUAAGCCAUCAACGUCGCAAUCAUCUACGAUCUCUCCGUCUGGACCGAAAGGACCGGACCCGAGCUGCAACGUCCACCAAGGUCAGUCAACAGUGUUAUUCCGCAUCGUUCCUGUCGUACUAUACGGACCGGAAAAGGCAGUGCAGACCUACGCGUUCAUUGACGAUGGAUCCGAGCUAACCCUGAUGGAGCAAGACUUAGCCAAUGAACUAGGCGUCGAAGGGCCGAGAAAAUCGCUGUGCCUUAAAUGGACCGGCGGAACCCGUAGGGUGGAAAACGAGUCGCAGCAAGUGAAUCUGCAAAUAUCCGGUGUGCGAAGCUCGAAAAAGUACGACCUGUCGGGAGUGUACACCAUGUCUUCCCUUCAAAUUCGUCCGCAAACGCUGCUGCUGGCCGAGAUGCAGAACAAAUAUCCACACCUGGCUGGACUACCGCUCGAAGCGUACGAAGACAUCAGUCCUCGAAUCCUCAUCGGUUUAAAUCACGCCAAACUCGGACAUGGAAUCAAGAGCCGGGAGGGAAAGCAGAAUGAGCCAAUCGCAGUGAAGUCUCGCUUAGGCUGGAUGGUGUACGGCAACUGUACCGGAAAGGAAGAGGCGGCCGGAUAUCUGAACUACCACAGUGUCCAAACCUGCGAUUGCAAUCGGGAGAAUGAUGAUGAUCUCCAUAAAGCGAUGAAAUCGUACUUCGCGCUUGAUAGCCUCGGGGUUGUCAAACCAAACAAGCUACUGCUGUCGCAGGAAGAACAGCGAGCUCGAUCCCUGUUGGAUUCUCUAACCCGCUUAGGAGAUAACCGUUAUGAAUGUGGUCUUCUAUGGAAGUACGAGAAUGUCCGACUCCCGGACAGUAAAGCGAUGGCCCUACGGCGGUGGAAGUGUCUGGAAAAUCGGAUGAUAAAAGAUCCAGCCUUAGCAGACGCGCUCAAGACGAAGAUGCGGGAACAUAUCAGCAAGGGCUAUGUUAGGAAGCUGACUGCUGAAGAACUCCACGAGCCACAUCCACGGGUCUGGUACCUUCCGAUAUUCGUCGUAGAAAACCCUAACAAACCUGGAAAGAUACGCAUGGUAUGGGAUGCUGCAGCCAAGGUUCACGGCGUUUCUCUCAACUCGGUCCUUCUAAAGGGUCCCGAUGAGCUGGCAUCGCUUCUGUCCGUAUUAAUCCGCUUCAGAGAGUUCAAGGUGGCCGUAUGUGGGGAUAUCAGAGAGAUGUUCCAUCAGAUUCUGAUGCGGUAUAUGGAUCAACAGUGCCAACGCUUCUUCUGGUUAGAGGAAAACGAAAUAGAACCCAGCUUGUACGUCGUUCAGGUAAUGACCUUCGGAGCCUGCUGUUCACCGAGCAUCGAGCAACACGUCAAGAACACUAAUGCGAAGCGUUUUGAACAGGACCACCCGGAAGCAGUCGACGCCAUCAUCAAGCGACACUACGUCGAUGACAUGCUGGUAAGCACGGAAACGGAACAAGAAGCUGUGAAACUGGCACAAGAGGUGAAGAAAAUUCAUGAGCGUGGCGGAUUCGAGAUACGAAACUGGAUUUCGAACUCCAAAAGGGUUCAGGCAACGCUUAAAGGUGAAGCAACGGAGGAGAAAAACCUGAACAUCGGUGAGGAAGCUACAACGGAGAAGGUGCUAGGGAUGUGGUGGAACACCAUGACAGAUCGUUACACUUACAAAGUAUCAUCCCGAUACGACCAAGGCUUUUUAACCGGAAGCCGUCGACCAACAAAGCGAGAAGUUCUUCGAAUGCUGAUGAUGGUCUACGAUCCGUUGGGAUUUAUCUCACAUCUGCUGAUGUUCCUGAAGGUGCUGCUGCAGGAGAUUUGGAGGACAGCAAUCGGCUGGGAUGAUCCAAUUCAAGAUACGCAGUUCGAAAAAUGGUUGACAUGGCUGGCAGUGUUUCCACAGAUGAGUUCCGUCGAGGUUCCCCGAUGCUACCGAUCCUUGACAUCCGUUGAAGCAGAGAUUGAGAUGCAUACGUUCGUCGACGCCAGUGAGAAUGGGUUUGCAGCGGUCGUCUACCUUCGAUUCACUGAGGGAGACACGAUCGAAUGUGCCUUGGCGGGAGCUAAAACUAGGGUAGCUCCACUGAAGUUCCUGUCAAUCCCGCGAUCUGAGCUCCAAGCGGCUCUUCUUGGUGCACGACUUGCAGACACAAUACUGUCGUCUCUGUCCAUCAAGGUCUCGAAGCGGUUUUUCUGGACGGACUCCAAGGACGUGCUCUGCUGGUUAGGAUCUGACCAUCGGCGAUACAGCCAAUUUGUCGCCUUCCGGGUCAGCGAGAUCCUAGAGUCGACGGAGAUUAGUGAAUGGCGGUGGGUUCCAACGAAGCUGAACGUGGCCGAUGAUGGAGCAAAGUGGGCACGAACUCCAGAUUUAUCUGCAGACAGUCGCUGGUUCAGGGGGCCAGAAUUCCUUUGGCGAGAACAACAGGAGUGGCCUGUCUCACCAGGCUUCGGAAAAACUACCGACGAAGAGCUGCGCCCACACUUGCUAUUCCACGAAUCAAUAACAAAACCAGUUAUCGAUCCACAAUACUUCUCUCGCUGGAGUCCUCUCCUUCGUCGCACAACGUACGUCCUCCAGUACGUUCACAACCUGAAGCGGUCCACAAGAAAGGAACAACGUGUCAAUGGGUCGCUGACUCAGCAGGAACUGGCUAGAGCUGAAAACUACUUGUUCCGCCUAGCACAGUCCGAAGGUUACGCGGACGAGAUCACCACGCUGGCAGCGGGAUAUCACCAAACGAGCACCAAAGGAAGGAUCAUUCGAAACAACCCACUCUUUCGUACCGCUUUCUUGGACGAAAACGGAGUUGCCCGAUUCCGAGGUCGAACGAAGGCGUGCGCAUUCGUCGAUCGUGAUGCUGCUGAACCCAUUAUUCUUCCUCGUCAUCAUCAAGUCACCCGACUAAUCAUAGCUGAGGCCCACGAGCGGUUCAACCACCAGAACCACGCAACGAUUGUCAACGAGCUCCUGCAACGGUACCGCAUUCCUCGGCUGAAAGCGACCUACAACGCUGUUCAGAAAGACUGUCAGCAGUGCAAGAAUGACCUAGCGAAACCACGUCCUCCGAUGAUGGGCGAUCUUCCGCAGUCACGCCUGGCUGCAUUCAGUCGUCCUUUUACCUACAUGGGGGUGGAUUAUUUCAGUCCAAUAUUAGUAUCGGUGGGCCGACAUUCUGAAAAACGGUGGGGGGUUCUCGCGACCUGUCUGACCACACGCGCCAUCCACUUGCAGAUCGCUCACACACUGACCACCGACUCCUGCGUAAUGGCAAUCCGAAACGUCAUGGCUAGGAGAGGAGUUCCUGCUGUGAUCUACAGCGACCGUGGGACCAACUUCCAGGCCACCAGCAAGGAACUAAAGGUGGCAAUCGAGCUACUCGAUCAAAACAGACUGGCCAGCGAAUUCACUACGAGUCGUACCCAGUGGACAUUUAUUCCACCGGUUUCACCACACAUGGGCGGAGCAUGGGAAAGGCUGAUCCGUAGCGUGAAGCAAAACCUAGCUAAGGUACAACCUAGCAGACUACCGACCGACGAAGUGUUGCAGAAUGCGAUGGUGGAGGUUGAAAACAUCGUCAACUCUCGACCAUUAACGGACCUUCCCGUAGACGAUGACGAGUCACCCGUUUUGACACCCAACCACUUCCUGCUAGGGUCAGCAAACGGCCUCAGAUCAUGGGUUCCGUUCAACGAUAAUCCCAUCCUACGGAGGAACUGCUGGAUCCAGUCACAAGUUAUGGCUGACAAGUUCUGGAAGCAGUGGGUACGAGACUAUCUACCCUGUCUUACGCGAAGAACGAAGUGGUUCACUCCAGCGACUCCAAUUACUGUCGGUGAUACUGUGGUAAUCGUUGACGAGAAGCUAUCCAGAAACUGCUGGCCUAAGGGAAGAGUUAUCGCUACGCAUCAGGCUCCAGACGGACAGGUACGGUCGGCGACAGUACAAACAGCGUCUGGUGGAAUAUACGAGCGCCCGGCCAUUUCAUUGGCUGUGCUCGACGUAGGCGUUAGGACGAAUACGCUAUCGGAUGAUCCUUCGCGCAUUCCGGGGGGAGUGUUGACUACGCCCCGUCGGUAA